AUUUUACAUUCACAAUACCGGUGCGUUAAAAAGCUAAAAUGAUAAUUUUGCUGGUAGAAGUAGUUAUAAAUCUCAUUGAAACCGACGCUGCCUUCUUACGGUGUUAUCAAAGCCCAGAAACAUUAACUGUUACUCCCCUAGAAACGCCUCUGGAUCUAAUAAAUUCUCCGUAUUUUGAUAUAAAUAGAAAAACUAUUAUAUAUGUCUUUGGAUAUGUUGGAGAAGUAACCGGUAAUACGACCAUCGCAAUUAGAAAUGCCUACUUGAAAUACGUAGACGCAAAUUUGGUUCUCCUUGAUUGGGAAAAAGAAGCGAGUGACGGUGAUCUAGGAUAUUUGGUUGGUUACAAGAAUAUAGCCGUCCCAAACGCAAAAAAGGUUGGCGAACAGCUUGGGGAUGCAAUUAUUCAAUUGGCGAGUGCUGGUUUAGACUUAAUGACAUUGCACUUGGUAGGACAUUCUCUGGGAGCCCAUCUCAUGGGUUACGCAGGUUACGAAGUGAAGGAUAAAGGACAAAUUGUCGCCAGAAUAACGGGCCUAGAUCCUGCUGGUCCUUUAUUCACGCAACCUUCCUCAUUGCAUGGCUUAGGACCAUCAAGUGCUGCUUUCGUGGUCGGAAUUCACACCGACCCUGGAAGGUACGGUACUUCUGACGAUGUGGGGGAUGUCGAUAUAUGGGCCAAUUGUGAUUUGAGUGAGCAGCCUGGUUGUGAUGACGGAGUCGACAUUCCAUUUGGCCCUGCAGAUUACUGCAGUCAUGGACGAGUUAUAUCAAUCUUUGUUGAAGCUCUUGGUAACCCUACGGCAUUCCCCGCGAUCCAGGCUUCCAGUUGUAAAGACUGGAAGUUAAAUUAUAAUGGAAAUGGAAGUAUCGUUUUCAUAGGAGAAGAUAUUAAUAAUGAAUCAAAAGGUUUAAUUCAAAUCGAAGCUGCUUUUUUGCGGGUUUAUAACAGUGCCGAUGAAUGCGAUGUAACCCCUCUAGAAGAACCAUUGAAUAUAGGAAAUUCCUCCUGUUUCGAUAGAAGUCUUAGAACUAUUAUUUACACAUUUGGCUUCACGGCAAAAGUAGAAGGUGUUUAUACAAAAGCCGUACGAAAUGCUUAUACCAACAAUGUGGAUGCAAAUUUUAUUCUUCUUGAUUGGGAAGAAGAAGCGAAACAGGGUUUACUCGGAUAUGCUCUGGGUUACGCAACGUCGGGGAUUCCUAACGCUAUGAAGGUCGGCGCACAGCUUGGAGAUGCUAUCCUUCAGUUAAAGGAGGAAUCGCUGAUAGAAUUGAGCAAUUUGCAUUUAGUGGCGCAUUCGCUGGGAGCCCAUCUGAUGUCUUACGCAGCUGAUAGACUGAACGAGACAGGAAACAUUGUCGGCAGAAUCACAGGCCUCGACCCUGCCGGUCCGUUAUACUCGACCCCACCAUACUACUCCGGCUUACGGCCCUCCAGCGCUACCUUCGUCGUGGGGCUCCACACAGACCCCGGCACUUACGGCACUACAAAGGAUGUGGGACACGUCGACAUUUGGCCCAACUGUGGAAUGAGACAUCAGCCUGGAUGUGCCAAUACGAUAAACCUGCCUUUUGGACGAGCUGAUUUCUGCAGUCACAACCGUGCACCAUUAAUCUAUUCCGAAGCCCUUGCCAAUACUACAGCGUUCCCGGCUAUCCAGGCUGAAAGCUGUUCCGACUGGAGAAAUAACUAUGAUGGACAAGGCGAUAUUAUCUUCAUAGGAGAAAAUAUUGACCCCGGAACUCGAGGCAAAUUUUACUUAAAAACAAAUGCCGAAGAACCACUUGGACAGGGCGAUGCCGGAUUACAGCCAUGAAAAUGAAUUUUGUACCCACUAUCUUUGAUAAAAAUUAAAGCAAUCACAUUUUUUAGAAACUGUAGUAGUAAUUCAAUUACUAUUAUCAUCAAAAUUGUGUCGGAUUUUGUAUGCCUUUAUUUAUUUUUAAAGAAUAAAAUAAUCGUGCCAUUCUAAAA